GGGGACGGGACGGGAGGCGGAAAAGCGAGAGGCGUGCAUGGAGCCGCGCCGCGGCCCCGCUACCGCCUAGGGCAGAGCCGCAGCGGAGCCCCUCGCACGGCCCCCGGGCCCUGCUGCACCGAGAGCCGUUGCACGGCCCCCCGGGCUCUGCCGCACCGCGCUCCACUGCACGGACCCCCCGGCUCUGCCGCACCGCGCUCCACUGCACGGACCCCCCCGGAUCCCACUGCCCCGAGAUCCGUUGCAGGGUGCCCGGCUCCCGUUACACGGACCCCCCGGACCCCGCCGCACCGUCCCCCCAUUGCAGCCCGCCGCCGGAACCCCAUCGCACCGAGCCCCCCCCCCCCCCCCCCCGCUGCACCGGACCCCCGCGCCCCAUCGCACGGACCGCCGGUGCGGCGGGCAUGGCAUCCGGGAGCCGGCCCUGGGGGGCCCUGCUGCUGCUGCUGCUGCUGCUGCCGCCGGUGCCGGCGGCGUGCCGGGCGGGCGGCGGGUGCGCGGGGGAAGGCGGCCCGCUGGAGCCCUUCGACGCGCUGUACGCCAGCGGCGUGGAGGCGUACUACGGCGGCGACUUCGCGGGCGCGGCGCGGUGCCUGGAGCGGGCGCUGCGCAGCCGGCGGGAGCUGCGGGCCGCGCGGUUGCGUUGCCGGCGGCGCUGCCGCGGGCAGGUGCGGUUGGCGGCGCCGGGUCCGGGCGCCGGCGGCGACCUGCCCUUCUUCGGCUCGGUGCUGCGGCGCGCCGGCUGCGUGCGGCGCUGCGAGGAACCGCGCCUGGGAGCCGCCUCCCGCCACCGCGCCGCCGAGGAGGUGCGCGCCGACUUCCAGCGCAGGGUGCCCUACAGCUACCUGCAGCGCGCCUACAUCCAGCUGAACAAGUUGGACGAGGCAGCAAAUGCAGCUCACACCUUCUUCAUGGCAAACCCUGAGCACAUGGAGAUACAGCAGGACAUUGAGAACUACAAAACCACGGCAGGGAAGGUCAGCUUGAUCGACCGGGAGGCCAAGCAGCACAUGGAGGACUACAGUGCUGGAGUAAGGCACUACGAUAAGGAGGAGUAUGAGCUGGCCAUUGACUUCUUGGAGCGUGCAUUGAAAGGGUACUACUCCGAAGAUGAAGAUUGCCAGAUCAUGUGCGAGGGCCCGCAGAGAUUUGAGGAGCAUGAGUACUUGGAAUAUAAGGCUGGCCUCUAUGAAGCUAUUGCAGAUCACUACAUGCAAGUCCUGGCCUGCAAACAUGACUGUGUCCGAGAACUUGCCACACGUUCGGGCCGGAUCUCGCCCAUCGAAAAUUUCCUUCCCCUCCAUUACGACUACUUGCAGUUUGCUUAUUACAGAGUCGGUGACUAUGUAAAAGCCCUGGAGUGUGCCAAGUCCUACCUCCUCUUCCACCCGGACGAUGAAGAUGUCUUGGAGAAUGCAGGUUAUUACGAGGGCCUCUUGGAAGGUACAAUGGAUCCAGACACCAUCAAACCCAGGAAGGAAGCAAAAAUGCUGCUGCGGCGCCAUAAGCUGGAGUCUCACCUCCUGCAGGUGGCUGCGGCCGGCCUCGGGUACACCUACACAGAGCCGAACUACUGGAACAGGUACGGCGCCCGCCAGGAUGAGCACAGUGUCCCAUCAAGUAUUAGCAGUGAACCAGAGGAUGGGCCCCGGCUGUCCCUGGCAAAGAAACCCAUGCCAAAACCGGAUCGAGAGUUGAAAGAGGGAGGUCCGCUUCUCUACAGCGAUGUGAAGUUUGUCUACAACUCGCAGCAGCUGAAUGGCACCCAGCGAGUACUACUGGAUAACGUCAUCUCAGAGGAGCAGUGUCGAGAGCUUCACAGGGUGGCCAGUGGGAUCAUGUUGGCUGGAGACGGUUACAGGGGCAAAACCUCCCCCCACACCCCAAACGAGAGAUUUGAAGGAGCCACCGUCCUCAAAGCCCUCAAGUACGGCUAUGAGGGCCGCGUCCCGCUGAAGAGCGCCCGGCUCUUCUACGACAUCAGCGAGAAGGCUCGCAGGAUCGUCGAGUCCUACUUCAUGCUGAACUCCACGCUCUACUUCUCCUACACCCACCUCGUGUGCCGCACCGCCCUCUCCGGCCAGCAGGAGAGGAGGAAUGACCUGAGCCACCCCAUCCAUGCUGACAAUUGCCUCUUGGACCCUGAGGCCAACGAGUGCUGGAAGGAGCCUCCUGCCUAUACCUUUCGAGAUUACAGUGCCCUCCUGUACAUGAACGCAGAUUUUGAAGGAGGCGAGUUCAUUUUCACCGAGAUGGAUGCCAAAACUGUGACGGCCUCCAUCAAGCCCAAGUGUGGGCGAAUGAUCAGCUUCUCAUCAGGCGGUGAGAACCCCCAUGGAGUAAAGGCAGUUACCAAAGGCCAACGGUGUGCUGUGGCUCUCUGGUUCACCUUGGACCCGCUUUACAGAGAGCUGGAGCGAAUCCAGGCAGAUGAAGUGAUCGCGAUGUUGGACCAGGAGCAUCUAGGACCCAGCGAAAUGAACAUCAACCCAAAGGAUGAGCUAUGAACUAGGCCAAAGACUUUUUCUAUCAAAUAUUUAUUUAAUAUUGUUAAUCUUAUUAGAACCCUUCUAUUUUUGUACAGAGCCGUUGUAUAAAUUAACAAGUUAAUAU